GAGAAAAGGGCGGGUCCUUCGGAAAGUGCGCGCGCAGGUGGGUUUGGAGGGCUUUUUUUAAUUAUUAUUUCCCUUCCCCCCCCCGCUCUUUGGUGGAGGUCGCCUACGGCGGAGGGUGUAGUUGUUGGUGGCGCGCUUGUGAAUGUUAAACACCUUACAACAAGACUGGUAAAGAAGAGUAAUGGAAAAUAAAAGGCAGAAAGCCAGAGUCCAGGGUGGCUGGGCCAACCAGGGUAAUAGCAGAAUGACUUCAUGUUCAGCCUCUAGAAAUUCUAAUGCUAGAAAUCCAGCAUUUGCCAAUUCAGCACCAUCCACAUUUCAAGGAGAGGCAGAAUUUUCAUCUAAAAGAAAGUUUGUUUUUAAAGCACCUGAAGAGGUUGUAUGCAAAGUCCCAGAACCCAGAGUAAUAGAAAAACAGGGUCUAUAUGAGAUCAGCACAUUGCCCUCAGGAAUAUCAAAGAUUCAUUUGAUUCCUGGCUUCAUUUCCUUGAGUGAAGCAGAUUGGAUGUUUGAUCAGCUGUUCCACGAAAUUCCAUGGAGGCAAAGAACACACCUUAGACACGAUCGAUCUUACGAUGAACCCAGACUCACAGCAUGGUAUGGAAAACUACCCUACACCUAUUCCAGACUUGAAAUGCAGGCAAACCCUGAUUGGCACCCACUACUGGCCAUGUUGAAGGAUCUUGUAGAAGAUUUCACUAAGAAUACUUUCAACUCCCUACUGUGUAACCUUUACCAAAAUGAAAAGAACAGUGUUGACUGGCAUAGUGAUGAUGAGCCUGCGCUAGGGAAAAACCCCGUAAUUGCAUCACUUAGCUUUGGUGCUACCCGGAUGUUUGAGAUGAGGAAGAAGCCUCUGCCUGAGGAUAACAAUGAUUAUACUUAUGUGCAAAGAGUUCACAUACCAUUGGACCAUGGUACUUUGCUAAUGAUGGAAGGAGCUACUCAAGAAGACUGGCAGCACCGUGUUCCCAAGGAGUAUCACUCCAGGGAACCACGUAUAAAUUUGACAUUCAGGACAAUAUAUCCAGAACCAGAGGCAAUGCAUACAUGACUGAAAGUAAUGAGAACUGUGCUUUGGCUGCUGAGCUCUAGAGUUUAAUGCUGACUUGGAUGUGAUGACCCAGCCAGAUUCACCAUUUGACUGUCGAUCAUCUCAGGAGAGAAGAAAGACUGCUUGCAAAGAGAACAUACAACUUUUGCAUCUUUCCAUUGAGCAAUGUAUUAUUUUCUUAGGCUGCUUGCUAAUAUGUGAUCCUGACGAUAAAAUUAUUUGUUUAUUGUUUAAAACCAAUUGAAAUGUUGUAUGAAUUCAGAGCGCAAAUGUUAUCUUUAAUGGAGAACAGAAAUGAUUUUUCUUGAGGAGGACUUGAGAAUGGACUUCAGAAACCUUUCCAAUUUCAGAACUUAUAACUGUAGUUGCCAUGUCCAUGACUAUUUCCUGCAAUGCUGGAGCAAUUUUGAGAAAAGGGGAGCAGGGGGAAAGAAAUAUCUAAUAUAAUUAGCUGUGCUCCUAUGGAUGAUUUUGGUAGGAUCUUCUACCUAUACCAGUAAGAGGAUUGUAACUGCAGGUAGGACGAAGCUGUUUUAAAUAACUCAGUGCUAUUCAGUCCAGCAUUCUGUUGUGUUAGAUCAGGGGUGUCAAACUCACGUCAUUGUGGCAUUGUCACGUGGCAUAUCACAACUUUUUCCCCCUUCGUUAAACCAGGCAUGGCGUGGCCAAGAUGUGACGCAUCCGGGCCACAAAUUUGACAGCCCUGUGUUAGAUGAACUUCACUAAUAUUUCAAAAUAUAUAUCUAGGAACCUUGGCCUCAUUUUUCAAGAGUCAGGAGCAUGUCCCUUCUCAAUGUCCCUUAUCUCAUUCAUAAGAUAAGACAGGGAAGGAAUAACUACAUUCCUAGUUAUGAUUGCUCAGGAUCUUCAGCUGAAAGGCACUCCACUAGGAUGUAUGUAGCAAGAUCUCUGGAUAUAUUUACAUCGGCAUAUUUUUCAAAAACAGCAAAUACAGAUAGUCCUUCACUUACAACCACAAUUGGGGCCAGAAUUAACAGUUGCUAAACAUUAUGGUUGUUAACCAAGUCAUGAGUGGAACCAAUUUUACAAUCAUUUUUACUGAAAUCAAGUGAAUCACAUGGUUAAGUGACUUACACAGCUGCUAAGUAAAUCCAUGUCAUAAAUAUGAGCCAUUUGCCAAGGAUCAAAUUAAGAACCUGUGAUUACGGUGGUGAUGCAGUGGUUGCAACUCCAAGGAUGAAUUGUAAGUCACUUUUUUUUUGACACUGCUAUAACUUUCCUCCACUGUUAAAUGAGCAGUCUUAAAUCCAGGACUACUUUUAUCAAGAUUAAUUUUGCCUGUUUUACUGUGAAAGCAAGUAGUGAAAGCCACAAAAUGAUGGUCGUAAUGAAAAGGUAUUUUAAUUCUCACUUUACAACCUUUGCAGAAAAGUUGAAGUAAGAUCAUAAGCUCAUCAUUUCUCUUAGCAACCAUUUUGUUUAAUAAUGAAGCUGCUGGUGCUAGUUGUAGUAACUAAAUGAGGACCCCCUGUAUUCUUCUAGUGGUAGAGUUGGCAGAAAUGUAUGAUGACAUAAUUGGUCUCCCAGUUGUUAUAAUCUGUCCCAAUAAGGGGGCUUUGAGUGGUGCUGCCCUUAUACAUUUACUAUGGGCCAAUUUGAGGGCAGUAAUUGGUGCAUUUUUCUGUUUUUUUUCCUUCCCAUGCAGUGUCAUUUGCUGAAAAGAAACUUCACCAGCCACACUUUGCAGUGUGGUAGGUUAGACUUGCUUGAGUAUGGUGUAGGAUGGAGGCUUUAGGUACCACUCCACAUGCUGGAAAGGCAGAGUGCUGGUGAGGAAGUGCACUCACUAGGGAUAUUUCUGAAUGCAAGUUUAUUUGUUUUCUGGAAGAUUUGUAAACCUUUUGUGUCCCAAAGUAAUCCAGCCAGGUCAGUUAAUUAGAGAGACAUGGGGCUGCCCUCCUGCCUUCCAACUUGUUAAGCUGUUUUGUUAGUCUUUUGAACCACGUGAUCACUUCAGCACUGCUGCUAUAAUUCAGCUAGAAGAAUAAACUUGUAGAUUUCUGCUUUAGCAGUAGCUGUAAAGCACGAGUGCUCAAAUUAUUUAAGUAAAUUAGAUAGAUUUUACUUCAUGUAUUAUUGAUAUACUUAUAUAAAGAAUCUAGCAACUUUCUCAAAUGGGUUUUGAAUAUUAGGUGCUACCACUUAUGGGUCCAAACUAAUUUGAACAUUUCAUCAGCCAAUCUGUAAUGACCUUAAAAAGGCUUGUGUAUAAUAAAGUAAGAGAUCUAGCAGUAUGUGUUUCUAUACUUUUGCACAUGCAUUUAAAAAUGAAAGGAAAAAGUAGUCCUCAUGGAAAUAAGUUUCCCUUACAGUGCCACAUAUUUUGUAAGUUUGAGCUUCUUCCAAAAGCUUGCCUAAGAUAAUUGAUAAUCUGUUGUUUUGUGAAUGACUGAACAACUACAAAAUACUGAAGGAGGAUGACUAUCAGGAUCUGCACACCAGUGAUUUUUACUUAUAUUUUCUAACUGAAAACAUGAGAGAAACUAGCUUGUCAAUACCUACAGCAUCUGCCUUCAAUAUCACUU